UUCAGUUUCAAAGUCAGUUCAAAGUAUUUUGUGAUCCGGUUACAAACAGCAAGCAAAAUGGUUAUGCUAAAUCCCAUUGAAAUCGUCUGCUUCUAUGUGGUGCAGCCCAUCCUUGACUAUCUGACGUAUCUGAUGCUGGAGGUGCACUAUGUGGCCUAUCUGGCCGGCCUGGCAGUCAUCGGGAUCGCCUUGGGACUCGUCUUCAGCAUCAUAUCGGUGAUCUGGUACAAGAGCACACGGAAGGAUCAGCCCGGGCAGUCAAUCGUUGCUGUGGAGCCUGUUCACAGCCCUGAAGGUCCUCCCAAGAAGAAGGACGAGAAGCAGGACUAGAACAAACAGAUGAAGACUACAAGGCAUUCCGGCUCUCUCUUUCUCUGUUCUACACAAAUAAUUAAAGCCGCGUCACAGAAGAAGACUACAGAAUAAAGAGCAUAAGGAAUCAUAAGAAUGAUGGUUUAUUGGGCUUUAAUCGGGUUUAACAGGGGACUUAUGGGGGCCUUGGAGGGAGAAAAUAAAAGAUAUAACCCAUCAAUAACCGUUGUGGCUUUCCUCUUGCUUCUGUCCAAAAACCAAAGCCCAGUUUCACUUUCCCCAAAAGAUUCCUUCCCCACAGAAGCUCCUUUCUGUUCUGUUCCUUUCCUUUCGUUCGUUUCGACUGCAUUGUGUGGCUCUUCACUUGACAAGAGACUCCUUUGCCAUUCAAGACACUGUCUUACCCGCAGUUAUUAGCCUACUUUCAACAAUUUGGCAACGUUGCAGUCUCCCCCUCUCCCCCUCUCUCUCUCCCUUUACUUCAUUGUUUUUUAAC